AAAAGGAAAAGCUGGAUUUUUCUCGCUGCUUGAGAACGACCCGGGGCUUGGACUGAUCUGCAAAGUGAAAUCAAGACGCGUCAGUAAAGCAGCAACAACACGAUUUUGAUCGGGGACGAAAAGUCGCAAGUUUUUACGAGAGAAAUCAAAAGGAAACUUGCCAGAGCUUGCUGGGAUGUGACGGGAAUCUCAUGUGCUGCCGCUCUAGUACCGCUCCCUUUUAUUCCAAGGCCCUCUGUCAUUCGGAUACGUGGUCUUCUUCUCUUCGCCCACAAGGUGUGAUAUAGUUAAGUUGAUAUCUUGGUUUAGAACCUCCUGGGAAACUUAGAAAAGAGCUCCAAGGUCCAGGGAACGAGUUUGUGCGUGCCGCAGGGUAGAAGAACUUCCACUGCGAGGUAGAACUUCUUCUCUCCAGCCACUGACUCUUCCAAGCAGCAGCGAAGAUUUGCGUUUCCAUGGCCACGAAAGGAGCUGCUGGUUCCUCUUUUAGUAUCGGAGGAGUGCUUAGCAGGAGGAGCAAAAUGGCAGUGAGAGCAAGUAGCAGCAGGAACACCGAUGAAAUCGUUGAUGCAAAGAAUCUAGUUGCUACUCGAUCAAGAGUAGCGGAGGAAAAGCCUCCAAGACUCUGCACACUGCGAGCGUUCAGCCAAGACGGGGGAGACUCCAUAGCCAUGGGAUCAAGCGCUUGGGACUCGGCCGCCUCGUCUGUUUUCCUCAAGCAACUGGCUGCCAGCGUCCAAGCCACGGCCCAAGCUCAAGACUUUGAGACGAUCUCAGGCCGCGCUGCAAUGGUAGCUUUCGCCAUAGCUCUAGGACUAGAGGUUGUGACCGGCAACAAUGUGUUCAAGGGAAUAGAAGUCAAGGAGCUGGGCCAAACGGUGGCCUUCUCGGCAGCGUGCGUGAUUUGUAUGGCCGCUUUCACUGCUGGCUGGAGUGCAAAGAAUCAGAUUAGGCUCUACAUGACCAAAGGAUGCCAGGAUUUAGUGGAGUUUAUUCUUACCGACGCAAUAGAUGCCAUGUUCUUCGACCAAGAUGAUUUAUAAACGUCCCACUUGAAUUUU